AUGAAGGUGACUGUUGUGUCGGGGUCCCGGUCGGAGGUGGUCGAACUGCCUGCCAGCGCCAUGCUUGAUGACCUCAAGAAGAACUACCGGCCUAAGAUGGACAUCCACCGCAAGUCCUUCAAGGUGGCGGCCGGCGGCAACGACGAGAAAGGCAAGGCGGUGCUCGUCACGCUCGUCGACAAGCUUUCACUGCACAUGCAGGGUGUGAAGGAUGGUGCUGAGAUCACCUUUAAAGACUUGGGUCCGCAGGUCGGCUACCGCACCGUCUUCGUCGUCGAGUACGCGGGGCCGCUCGCCAUCAUUCUCUUAUACGCGAUGCGGCCGUCCUUCAUUUACGGCAGCACCAUCGCCAACGGGUACGGCUACACGCAGAAGGUGUUCAUCUCCCUCUUCGCUGCGCACUUCGUCAAGCGCGAGCUGGAGACGUUCCUUGUGCACAAGUUCUCGCACCCGACGAUGCCGCGCCGCAACAUCAUCAAGAACUGUGUGUACUACUGGUCCUUCGCGCUCUUUAUCGGCUACGUUUUGUGCCACCCGUCUUACACAGAGCCGUCAAGCCGCACGGUGGUGAAUGCGUCGGCGGCGGCAAUGGUGCUCUUCGAAACGCUCAACUUCGCUGUGCACAAGCAGUUAAGCGGCAUGCGCCGCAGUGACGGCGAUACAACACGCACGGUGCCGGGCGGGCCGCUCUUCUCGCUCGUGUCGUGCCCGAACUACACCUUUGAGGUUCUCUCGUGGGUGGCCUUCUCCGUCGGCACCAGCAUGAUGUCGUCGUGGUUCUUCACCUUUGCCGGCCUGCUGCAGAUGGCGGAGUGGGCGGUGAAGAAGCACAAGGGAUACGUCCGGUCGGACCCCGCGGUGAAGAAGAAGAAGGCCUUGAUUCCAUUCAUCCUCUAA